GGGAUAAGGGCAUUUUUGUCUUUUGGGCGCAUUGAGGGUUUGGAGUGCUUUUAAGCACUGUUCAUAGAUUAUGUUCGGUGGAAUUUUUUCGUUUCGGGAGGCCGCCGCCAGCAUGAAGGAAAGGAAGUCUUCUUCCUCCCCAUCUUGCACUGUUUGCCAGGGCCAUCGCCGCCCUUCGCCGCCAACUGCCUCCGUUGCUCUCCUCCUCCUCGCGACGUAGGCACCGCGCCGCCGCCAUCAUUUCCUUCCGGAUGCCGCCGCCGCUGCUGCCACCGGUCGGAGCUCCCCACACGCGGCCUUUCCUUGCCACUGCCCACAUCACGGGUGUCGCCACUCCGAUCCUAGCCUUCAUCCCUUCCUACGCCGAGGUGUUGCGGGUGCCGGCGCCACUACUGCCGGCGAAGGGCUCCGGAUGGAGCCUACCUUGCUGCAGGCAGCAACAUCUCCGCUGCAGGCAGCAACAUCUCCGCUGCAGGCAGCAACAUCUCCGCUGCUACACCUCUUCGCAGCGCCACCCACAGCCACAGCGUCCAGCCGCCGAGUCCGGCGGCCAGCGCCUCCAGCGUCCAGCGCCGUCACCUCCGGCAGCCCCUGUCGCAGCCACCGACACCUCCGGGCAGCCGUCAUCACCCUCCAAGCAGCCGUCAUCUGACGGGCUUAGGUUUGCUUAUUCAGGCCUUCGCGCCAAGAUUAUGUUCGGCUUGUGAGCCGAUGUGGAUCCGGCCAUCGUGCCGUUGUAUUCCAUUCUUCGUACCAUUAUUAUGCUUGUGAGUCAUUCGUAUUAUCCGGCCUGCAUGCCGUGUGCCGGCCUGUGAGCCGCUGUAUUGUUCCGGGCCGCUACGACUCGAUUAGCGACAUGACCAGCUCAUCCAUCCUUCCGAGGGCGCCCCCCCGGGCCAGGAGGCAUUGCUUGGAAAGGAUCCGCAUCUUGCCAGGAGGACAGAUAAGAAGGGGCAUAUGGCUGUGAAGGGCACAAACUGUGAAGUUGUUAAAGCCCUUGUGGAUGCUGAUCCAGCAAUAGUGAUGCUACCAGACAGAGGUACAUUGUAAAUGUAUUACAUAUUACAUUUCUGGUGCUCUGGUUCGAGUUGCUUAUGUUAGCUGCAACAAUUUAUUCAUUUAGGAAGCUUUCAAUAUAUGGUGUUAGCUUUCUCUUCUUUUGUA